UCAAACAAAAGUAAACAAACAAGCAAUAAUGUACCUUCAGUCGGUCAUUUUAAUGGUUUUGGCGAUUGUUUCCUUGGUGAGUAACAUCGACUGUUUCCCAGCAGGAAAUGAAAGAUGGCGACAUCCAUGUGGAUCUUCUACGUUACGCCCACCUCUACCCCCUCAGCCGGAAAUAAUCUCUGAUCUGAUCGUCAGACUCCGAGAAGCAGACGACAUAGCAACCAACCUGAGAAUUAAAUACGCAAAUGAGAGAAUCAUUGUUCAAGCAAUUAGACGUAGGUUAGAUCGAGUACAUUUGGAUGGUUUCAAAGUAGAACACAUGCCAGAAAAGAACGCUUCAUUGGUGUUUAAAAAUGUAACCGUAACAUUCUUGGAAUCAUACGCACAGUUGUCGACAGCUGCAGUUUUCCUGGAACAGAUUAAAAACAAUGAAAACGUGCACGACCACGGUGCCUUUUCAGCGGAUAUAAUUGACAUUGAAAAUAAACUGUAUGAUGUGCUGUGUCAUGUUCAAAUGGCCAUCGUCCAAUCAGAUGCUGUCAUAGAGAAAUAUCAAUCACGUGAUAUCAUGUCAAACCAAUCGCCGAUUACCGACAGAAGAUACAGAUAUUCAUGUGAUUACAUCAUAAUCAAGGAUGUUGUUUUAACAUUAAAAUCUUUACUUGUUUCUUACGAAGCCAUGCAAGCCAAUAUGUAGUGAACAAUUUAUUAACUAUAACAAACUCUCCGAGUUACGGAAUAUUUUAGUAGAUUAUAUUAAUCGAGAAUAAUAUAACUGUAUAAAGUAUUAAUAAAAACAAGUAUUGUA